UCUAUCUUUAACAAUAUAAUGAAUAGUACAAGUACGGAGAGAGAUCCUCUCAUUAGUACAGUUCCUUUACCAAAUGGAUCGGUUGUUUCUUACACCAUCACCCAAAAGAAUUGUUCGAACCUUACCUCCAAAGAUCGUGAGGAAGCUAAAUCAACAAAGAAAAAGCUAUGGUUUGCAGUCUGUUUAGCCUGUUGCUUCUUUGCUACGGAACUAGUAGCAGGAUAUUUUGCAAACUCUUUAGCUUUGAUGUCCGACGCGUUUCAUUUGUUAUCAGACGUAGCUAGUUUUGUUGUGGCUCUUGUAGCCAUUUUUUUGGCAGAAAAACCACCUACCAAGAAACAUAGUUUUGGUUUUCAUCGUGCAGAAGUGAUUGCAGCUCUCAUGUCCGUCUUAACCAUCUGGGUUCUUACUGCUUUUUUGGUGAAUGAAGCUAUACAACGUAUUAAAAAUCCUGAAGUAAUCAAUGCAAAACUGAUGUGCAUGACGGCUGCUGUUGGUGUACUUGUCAACGUGGUUUUGGCCUAUGUAUUGGGUGGACAUCAUCAUGGUCACUCGCAUGAUGAAGAACAUGAGCAUGGCCACGUCGAGAAUGAAACAGGGGAGUCUCUUCCUCAUAAGGAAGCUAAUAUUAACCUAAGAGCCGCAGCACUCCAUGUACUGGGCGAUCUGUUAGCGUCUGUCGGUGUCUUUAUCUCUUCCAUCAUUCUCAUCUAUAAGCCUCAUUUGACUAUUGUUGAUCCUAUCUGUACAUUUGUUUUCUCUAUUUUAGUAUUAUAUACAACCUACCAUCUUGUUAAAGACUCGCUUGCAGUUCUUAUGGAGGGUGUGCCUGGUAAUAUUCAUCCAGACCUGAUUGAAAAGUCCUUAUUGGGUCUCCCCGGUGUACUUGCGGUCCAUGAUUUACACGUCUGGACAUUAUCCCCUGGAAAAUAUUCAUUGACAGCACAUAUCACUAUUGACAGUAGUUCUGGUGCAGAUUAUGAUGACAUAUUAUCCAAAGGCCAACAUAUAGUUUGUGAUCUUUACGGUGUGCACCAUUCAACUCUUCAAAUUGAGUCUGAUGAUACGGCCUUUACAAGUCAUUGUAACCCCGAAUUAUGUGCUCCUAGAUCCUAAUGAGCUUUAAUUUUUUUAAUAUCAUAUUUCAUACUUUUGUCACAUUUACAUGAACACCCCCCAAUUCUGACACAUACUAAAAAAAUACGCUAUUCUGAUUGGUUCCAGCUUUUUCAAGCUAAACAUUGCUGAAGUGAUGAUGAUCAUAUUUUUCAAAAAUAAAAAUAAAAUGCUUUGGACGUUACACACGUCUCGCCUAUAUAUAUUUC